AUGUCGUACACUCGGCGUCUUGAUUCGGAUCAACUCAGAAAUCUAAGUCUUUGGCUUAAGGACCAGCGUAUCGAUCUGAAUGUGAAUAAACGACGCGAACUCUCCGAUGUCCUACCAGUGGCUGCAAUUGUCAAGAAGUUCCACAACCGUCUGGUGGACCUUAACCCCUACACACCCUCUCGGAACGGUUUGGCUCUCAAGUUAAAGAAUUGGGAGGUUUUUAACCUGAAGGUUCUUAAGAAACUGCACAUACAAUUGUUAGAAGCAGAAAUAAAGGAUCUUGCCCAAGGCAAAAUAGGAGCGAUAGAGUUGCUGUUCUACGCCCUUUUCGUAGCAGACACCAACGCCAAGGCACCCAAGAAAGCGAAAGAGCCGCCUAAGAAAUCCAGCAAGUCCAUGAAGGAAUGUAAAGAAUCUUUGCAAAUUCCCAAUGAAACGUUACAGAGGCCGAACGAAUCUUUGCAAAGACCAAACGAAUCGCUGAAGAGCACCCGCGAGUGGUUGAAGUCAAGGGCACUGACCUUUAACCAUAUGUCAAGGCCUGCUCCAAUCCUGGCAUUGUCCGAGAUGCUAAUCGUUGACGCGGGACAAACGAUCAACGGAAAAAAACUGGAGCAACCUUUCAAAGUUGUACCUUACGACAUUUACGAGAAGGCCAUGCGCAAAAGCUCGGCAAAGGACGCAUUUAUUAGCAGACUAGAGGAGAAAUCAAAAUAUCUGGAAGACAUUAUUGCUUUAAAGGAUAACCGUAUAAACCUUAUAAUGACCCAGACGUACAAACUGUCGGCGACAUUAAUGUACUUGCAUUCAAAUCGUAAACCAAAUAUGGACCAACUUUUGUAG